AGAUCAAUCCGCGUUACUGAGAGUGACAUUAGUUGAUAACAGAAGCAUUUUCCUCGGCUAACCUUAGUAUAAUCCUAUCUCUCAUUUCAACUUGCUCCAUCAAAAAACAUAAUACCAUCAAAUAAUUCAGAAACAUUCUAUUUGUGUAUAUGUUUUUUCAGCAGCGGAUGGUGUGUAAAAGAAUGCUCUUCGGUCGACGAAAUCUACAAAAAAUCUGAUUUCUAAUUUUAAAUUAAGGAUGGGCAAAAGAUACUACUGUGAGCUAUGUGAUAAGAGCUUUGCUGGAAACCUGACUAACAGAAAAAAUCAUGCAAAGGGAUUCCUGCAUCAAAAGCUUAGACAAGAACAUUAUAAUACAUUCAAAGAUCCAUCAGUGAUUCUCACCGAGCAACUAAGCAAGAAGCCUUGUAGGAAAAUACAAGUAGGGGAAGAAUGUGAGUUUGGAGAUCACUGCAGGUUUUCGCACCUUACACCAGACAGGAAACAACAGCUAGAAAAUCUGAUUGUUGCUCAGAACAAGAAAAGGUUAGAAGAUAAUGCUCCACUACCAGAUGCUAACAUUGAUGAAUGGCUUGAAAAACGAAACAAUAGAUUGAAAAAGGGGGAUGAUAGUGAUAAAACAACAGCAGAUGAAGAGAAAACAACACUACCAGAAGCAUUGGCAAAUAUACCAAACCUUCCUCCAUCCCUCAUACCCCCAUCUAAGCAAAUAUUACGCCGAACUAAAGGAUCAGAUUGGGGUUGAGAAUACAGGUGGAGCAAUAGACCCAAAAAUUGUGAUACAUUAUUGUUUCCCAAGUCAAAGGGACUACAUUACUCUGGAAUGCCAAUCCUUACAGAGGUUAAGGCUGUAGAGGAAAUAACAUUUUCACAUCUCACAAUUUCUUGAAUAUCAGUCAUUUUGCAAAUGUUAUGAUGGACGUCAAGUGGUUUAGUGUUAAUCUCAAAUUUUGCUAAUAAAAAAACAUUCUCGUUGUAUGUGAUGAAAAGACCAGUGGAUUGAUCAGUACUUAUCUUAAGACAACAAGGUUCAAACAGGGACUCUGUAGCAGUACACACACUUGGUCUUUCUUCCAUUUGUCCAUGGUUCAGACUACAUGGACUUGUUCAUGC